UCCUCGCCAUCAUCUCCUUCCCUUGUUCCUGCACCAUUUUCUAGUGUGCUCGUGUGCCUAAAAUUUUAUUCCCACUUCUCUUUUUCGCACUCACGCGCUUUCUCUCUCAUCCAUGGCUUCUCCUGCCUCUGGUUCUGGUUCUCCCUGCGGGGCUUGCAAGUUCCUCCGAAGGAAGUGCGCCGCCGAUUGCAUAUUUGCGCCCUACUUCUGCUCCGAUCAAGGCCCUGCUAGAUUUGCUGCCAUUCAUAAGGUGUUUGGGGCUAGCAAUGUUUCUAAAUUGCUCCUGCAUCUACCAGCUCGUGAUCGCUGUGAGGCCGUCGUCACUAUUGCUUAUGAAGCCCAGGCUCGGAUUAGAGACCCUGUCUAUGGCUGUGUCGCUCACAUAUUUGCCUUGCAGCAACAGGUGGCGUGCUUGCAGGCACAGCUGAUGCAAGUGAAGGCUCAACUAGCGCAGAAGAACCUAAUGGAAAGCAGGAAACUAGAGAACCUGUCGGCAGGGAAUCAUAACAUUGUGAGCGAUCAAGCAAUGAAUGCAUACAACACGAACCCUAUAUCUCCUCAGAGCUCUCUCGAGUCAAUUGACCACAACAUCGGUGAUGGAAUUAACAUGCAAGACAUACGAAGUAGAGAGGAAUUUCCAUUCCCUAAAAGGAGAUCUUAUAACAAUGAUUUGGGUGAGCUCCAUCAGCUUGCACUCAGGAUGAUGAGGAACUAGCAAGCCUCUAAUUCCUAUAAAUAGUCUCUUUGUUUUCCUCAAGGAAUGCUCUUCUCUUGAUUAGUUCUGUAUAUACUGAUGAGUGUCAACGAGGAAGCUUACCAUAACUGAUGUGCCUAUGUCGGUAGGCAAUCAAAGUAGCCUUUUCUGUUUGUGGGUUCAAUCCGAGUCUAGUUAAAAUUUUUGCAGACUAGCAUAUUCUCUCUUCCUCUAUCUCUUCUUCUGAGUGAGUCGCUGUGCUUACUCAAGUGAGGACGCGGUGGUUAACUUUUGCAGAGAAGAAAAAUAUAGCAGUUGAUUA